AUGCAGGCUUUCUUCAUCAAGCCUGAUGCCCAGGAGAUGCUGGAACUGCAGAUUCGCAAGAGGGUCAAACUAAACAUUUGGAAGGGGAAGGGAAAGGAAAGGCCCGACCUUGAGCUGAGCUGUCUGAGUAUGCUGCACCCCUACGGCGGCCAGCAGCCCACUGUCACCCCUCAUCCCUUCUGGAGCAGACACCGCAAGUCACAGCAGCUUUCAGGUCAGCAGCAGCUUUUGUACCAGAAUAGCAUAGGCAACGAUUUGCAGCAGAAACACAGCCAGCUUUUCUGGGGCCUCCCUUCUCUUCACAGUGAGUCCCUUGGGGCUACCGUCAGCAGGGCAGGCUCCCCACUAGACUCCUCCGCCAUCUUGUUCAAUGGACUCUCUCCUUACAUACGAGUUCACGCCAAUGUACCUGAGCAAGUCCGUUCCCUGAAGCCCUUGCUUCAGCCCUCGGUCCAGUCCCAACCUUUGACUCCAAACUUAUCCUGGUCCCGUUCUCCACCAGUGGCUGGAAUCCAAACCCAGGCCAGUGGCCCAUCCUCUAUCCCAAAGCUACCAUGCAAUUCACCUCCAACUAGGAAUUGUGGGGCUUCCUGCCCUGCACCUUCCAGAUCCCAAUCUGUCCCACCUGCUGUUCAACACCUUGAUUGCCACCUGCUGAAGAAGCACCAAGAAAGUAGGGGCACUUUACCGACCAGGGUUAAAAAGUCACGGGAAGCCUUUAAUCAACUCACUCCUAACAGCUGGUCCCCCGAGGGCCCGGGAUCUGUUCCCCACCUCCCAGGGGAGUUCAUUAACCCUGAGUUCCGGGAGCAGCUGGAACAACACUUAAAAAAGAGGUUCACGCAACACCAGGGACAGUGGCCCCAUGAAAUCCAGCCAUCUCUGCCUCUGAUAAAGUCUCAACACAAACUCCAAGGGAUGGGUCUGGCAGAAGAUGAUCACAGGACUUCAUGUCCUCCAGCCCUGGCAGAUGAAAGCAGCCAGCACCUACAGGGUGUCUCAUCACAGGGUCCAGAGAUGUGCAAGACGUGGCGGGACCCCUGCAAGGAUCUGACAGACUGUCAAGGAAGAUCUCAGAAAGAUCUGCACAGGAUCCCAGAAGGUUCCCUAGGGCAAGUUCAAGAUACCAUCUCCGAGACGGAGAUGGAGAGUUGCCAUGUGAAACACCCAAGAAGCGACUCACAAAGUCCCCAGCCAGUGAGACCGGGAAAGAACCAGCUGGAAGGAAUACUGAAAAACCACUUAGGCAGCAGCUGGAGGCAAGCCAAGGAGAGCAAGGUGCCUGUGGGCACUUGUCACGGAAUUCCUAUAAACCGUGCAUUGGUCCCUCCCGAAAACUCAGAGACACAUACGGGAACUGAGCAGAAUCCAUCCUUGAACGGUCAGGCCACCGUCAAGAAUACUUGUGAUGGGCUUUCCUUCCUAGAUCCUGGCACUCAGGUGGUGCUGGAAACACAUCUCACAAGACGCCUGGUGAGGCACAGAUGGAGCCUGCCCCUCAGAGGCCUCAAGACCAUCCAUGUUUUCAACAUGACCAAGGCUGUAGCUUUGCCGUUUCCACAGGCCCGGCCUCGUCUUUUGACAUGCUGGGACUCUACAGAGGACUCCAUUGACCAAAUGGGCAUCGUCCUGGGAGAAUCUCUUCAGAAAGACCCAGAAGAGGAAGUGACAACAAAAACAGACUUUAGUAGGCAGGCCUCUCCCACUGUGCAGCCUGAAUUCCUCACAGGGACUACACCUGCUGACAACUAUGGGUCCUCUGAGGCCCCUUCCACUGUCCAGGACAGUGAGGCUUUUCUGUCCACACAACACAGCCUUGUGGGCAGAGGCUGGCACAGUGAUAUGGUUCGUGGUCCUCGCACAUGCAACCUAGAGAAAAGUCCAAACCUAGUCCAGGCUGGUUGUGAGUCACAGGAGAGCCAGGGUGCAGCUUUAAGACCUCUCUACCAAGGGGUGUCAGUUCCGGAGAGCAGUGUGGCAUCCCAGUCACCCAGCACCAGAGGUAGCACAGACCUGGAGGAGGCAGAUGACGAGGAGUUCUGUGACUGGGCGCUCAAUAUGGCAAACUGUCAACCUCACAGUGAAAGUCUGAGGGAUUUAGAAUCUCUUCAGACCACCGAAAGUCAGUCCUCUUUUAGGACUCUCUUUCAGGAUCCAGAAGAUUCAGGCCUGAGCACACCUCCCCACUCGGCCACUGCCGUGGUCUUGCAGGACUGUGCCACUGGCACGUUCUCGCAUGUCUGUGUCCCCGAGGUUCUGCUUGCUGCAGAUCUCCUGGCCUCCACGUCUUCCCAGUCCAGCUUCAGGACUACCAGGAAACCAUGCUCCUGGGACAAGCACCCUUUCUUGUCACCAGAAGGGAAUGCUGCCAAUAUCCUCAAACCCCAGAAACCAUGGAUUAGCCAUAUCUUUGGUCCAACUCACGUGAAAGAGGACUACAGAGGAGCUGCGCCAACCUGCACGGUCAAUACUCAGUACAGAAAGUUUGGGGACAGGAUAAAAAAGAUGAUAAAAAUGUUGACCCCCGAAAACAAAGUGCGGGAGGGCUCCCUGCAAGACGUCAGGGCCUUAUCAACCACUCCUCAAAGCCGAGGGCCCGUGAAGAGCAGAGUGGCUGAGGCUCAGGGCCUCCUGACCACUGUUGCAUGGAUUCCAGAAGAGAAUCUGGGGGGUGGCCAUGCCGGCACUCCCUCAAAGAAAAGUUUGCCCAAACAACCACCCCAGGCUCCACCGGGGAGGCAUGUGUGCUACCGCAUGAGUUUUAAUGCUGAAACAGACAGGGCACAAGGAAACCCGAGCUGUGUUCACCACGGCAAUUGGAGGGUGUACAACCAGCCUCCCACAGCACAAGGAAGCCUUACCUGUGUUCACCAUGGCAAUGGGAGUGUUCACAACCAGCCUUUCACAGCACAAGGGAACCCAAGCUGUGUUCACCAUGCCAGUCGGAGG